CACCCUUCCGUUCCUUAGCAUCACACCAUGUCGUCGGCGCAGACGCUGCUCCGGCGUGCCCAGUUCCUACCCCUCCUCCUCGGAGGGCUAUACGGCGUUGUGCUGCUCCUCGCCACUGUUCCCUGGGUCCAGCGCGAGCUCACUUACCUCCACUGGAUCCGCUUCCCCUUCUUCCCCAAGUACGACGCGCCCCACGCGUACGGCCUCGCCCCCUUCAAGACGCGCAACUUCGCCAUCUCCACACCAGACGGCGAGACGCUCGGCGCGUGGCAUGUCCUCCCGAACUCGUACUACAUGAAGCAGGCGCCCUUCCCUCCGCAGUCUGACCUCUCCGAGGACGUGUUCGCGAAUGCGUUUGGCGCCCGCCCCACUGUCCUCUACUUCCACGGCAACGCUGCCACGCGCGCCGCGCCGCACCGUGUACGCACGUACGCAGCUCUCUCGAGCGUCCUCGAUCUCAAUGUCGUAGCUGUCGACUACCGCGGCUUUGCGGACUCGAGCGGCGAGCCGUCCGAGGAGGGGCUGAAGGUCGACGCGCGGGCCGCAUACGACUGGAUCGCAAAGCAGGUCAAGGCUGCCGGCAAGGGCGUGCCCGAGAAGCAGAUCAUUCUCAUGGGUCACAGCCUCGGGACGGGCGUGGCGUCUGCGCUUACUGGCCUUCUCGCUGAUGAUCGCAUCGUUCCCAAGGCGCUGGUUCUUAUCACUCCGUUCUCGUCAAUACCCGAUCUUCUGUCCUCGUUCUAUCUCUUUGGUGUCAUUCCUCUGCUUUCGCCCUUGGGACAUUUCCCCUCCAUUCAGAACUUCUUCAAGUCCCUCAUUAGCGUCCGCUUUAACUCGGUCGAGGCGCUCAGCCGCACUCUGGCUCCUACGCUCAUUGUCCACACCAAGGCUGACAAGGUUGUGCCCCACUCGCACUCUGCAGCAAUCUUCGAGUCACUCGUCGCGCCCAACGGCACCGAGGCUGGGAUCCCCAAGCCUUUCGUUCUCGAUUACAAGGGCUGGGGCACGCUCCGCAUCUCGAACCCGCGUGGUCGCCAGGUCAUCUGGUGGGAGGGCGAUUUCGGCGGACACGACGAGGUCGGCUGGGCCGAGGGCACCAUGGACCUCAUCGCGGACAUUGCCAAGCUCAAUAUCCCCUCUGACGGACCCUCGUACAUCUCCUUGUAAAACUAGACUAUUGCAUGCGGUGCAGACAUGCGAACUUUGCCU